AUGAGUGUGGCCCCUGCGAUUUCCAGAGAUGCCAUGAUUGUGGUGGUGGGUGCAGGAUUAGCAGGUUUGUCUGCUGCAUCAUGUUUGCUUCAGGCUGGAUUCCAGCAUGUCAAGAUUCUUGAAGCAAAUGAACAAGUAGGUGGCAGGGUGUGCACGACUAAGCCAUUCACAGAGAAUAUUAUUGAGCUUGGGGCUAAUUGGAUCCAUGGGCAGAAAGGGAACCCUCUCUUCCGGAUAGCAAAAGAACACCAUCUGCUAUCUGAAGACAGUUCUGAGACUUCUCGUGAUUACUUUUUUAAGGAUGGUGGAAAACACCUCUCUGUUAAUCUUGCUGACCAGGUCGUUUCUCUCUUUAAAAAACUCAUCACUAAAGCCUCUGAUGAAGAACUAGGACGCAAGUAUAGAGACAUGAACCUGGGGGAUUACCUUGAUCUUUCCUUUGCAGAAUCUCCUUUAGCAAUGUCAGAAGAUGGACCAAGGAUUUUUGAGUGGUGCAAGAGGAGUGAAUGCAGUGAUGAGGCUGCUUCUUCCCUGUUUGAAGUGUCUGCAUCUCAGAUUAGUGAUUAUAUUGACUUGGAUGGAGACUUCUUUAAUUCCUUGGGUUCAAGGGGUUACCAAGCAAUUUUAGAUGUUCUUCUGAAAGAUGUUCCUUCAGAAAUCAUCCUGACGAGUAAACCUGUGAAGAGAAUCCAGUGGGACCUGAAUAAAAUAUCCCUGGGUACUAAGAGCAGAGAGAGGAGCCAUCCCAUCAAGAUAAUCUGUGAGAAUGAAGAAAGUUUCGAGGCCGACCAUGUCCUUGUGACUGUGUCAUUAGGAGUUUUAAAACAACAUGCAGGAGCCAUGUUUGAACCUGCCUUACCAAAAUCCAAGAUGGAUGCUAUAGAGAGGCUUGGCUUUGGCACAGUAGAUAAGAUCUUCCUAUGUUUUAGCGAGAGGUUCUGGCCAGAAGACUGUGCAGGAAUCCAACUUGUGUGGGAUGAGGGGCCUGAGGAUAAGGCAGUCUAUGGCUCACAAACUGAAGAGGAUGGCUGGAAAAAGACAUGGAUUUGUGGCUUUGACACCGUGGCUCGCCAUCCUACAGUACUCUGCGGCUGGAUUACAGGCAGAGAGGCCCUUCAUAUGGAGACACUGCAGGACAGUGAAGUGGGAAAUACCUGUGUGAAACUGCUUAGGUCCUUCACUGGCUGGUCCGUUCCUGAUGUGUCCCAAGUACUGAUCUCCAGGUGGGGUCAUGACCCCUGGGUCUUUGGCUCUUAUUCAUUUAUUCCCAAGGGGGUAAAUGGGGUGAGAAGACAGAAGGCUCUUGCAGCAGCUCUUCCUCUUCAAAGUGAAACCUCAGAAAGCAAGCCGUUGCAGGUGCUGUUUGCAGGUGAAGCUACCCAUGUGAAUUUCUACACCACCACACAUGGAGCCUACCUCUCAGGGAUCAGAGAAGCACAGAGACUCAUUAACCACUAUUCUGAUAAGGCACUCUGUCCAUAGAAGCAGAUUACCCUUUUUUCUUUCUUUAAACAAAUCACAAGACCCUGCAAUUUUACAACUGCAAUAACAGAUGAUUUAUGUAAGCAUGUUCUUUGCAUCGUUCAAGGACAUGGGCUAAAGUUGUGGGAGUACAGUGAAUAAGAUUCUGUCUUGAUGUUUAGAGGUCAA